CAAAUCUCCAUACCUCGUACCAAAUCUCCAAUGGGUUCCUCACCUUUUCUUCUCUCCCUCUUUUUCUUGGCAUUUAUUUCAUCCACAAACGCAAUUGACGUCAAAUUUUCCAAGCCCUAUAAUCCGCUUAUACUUCCAGUUAAGAAAGAUGAUGCAACUCUUCAGUACUACUCCACAUUCAAUGUUGGAUCUUUCUCAUACAAGGCAAAUGCAGUCAUCGAUCUCGGAGGCCCUUUCCUGUGGCUCAAUUGCAAUGGUAGCUACAUGUCAUCCUCCUAUCAUGCUGUUGAGUGCCAUACAAACGAAUGCAGUGCUGCUGGAGGUAGCAUUUUCUGCUCCGGCUGCGAUGGUGCCUUUCGCCCAGGAUGCACCAAUAACACAUGUGGUGUCUUCCCAUAUAAUCCAUACAACAACUCAGUGGCAACCGGAGGAAUAGGGAAGGAUAACAUUGUUUUUGGACCAAGAUCUUGGAAGGUGUCCAACUUCCCUUUAGCAUGUGGAAUUCCAGAACAGCUUUAUGGCCUUUGUAAAAGUGCUCAAGGGAUGGUCGGCCUGGGAAAGACUCCAGUUUCUCUCCCAACACAGAUCUUUUCGGCAUUCAACCUUCCUCGUAAGUUUGCUCUUUGCGUUCCCUCCUCAGGGAGGCAUGAAAGAUUCGGAGGCAUUGUUUUUGGUGGGGGUCCAUACUAUAUGAUUCCUUAUCCCAAAGAUGUGUCGAAGCUGUUAGUUUCUACGCCGCUGAUUGUUAACCCAGUAAGCACAGCUCCUGUGCGCAACGAAGGUGACGCUUCGUAUGAGUACUUCAUUGGAGUAAAAUCCAUCAAGAUCGAUGGAAAAUCAGUUCCAUUCAAUUCUUCAUUGUUGUCCAUUGACAAGAAAGGAGUCGGCGGGACGAAAAUCAGCACAGUAACUCCUUACACCGUUUUGCAUACCAACAUCUACAAGGCUCUUGUUAAGGAGUUUGUUAAGAGUGCUGCAUCAAAGAAGGUUGCUAGCGUGACACCAGUGAAACCGUUCGGCGCGUGUUUCGACUCAAAGACUAUCCAUAGCUAUAAAACGGGAUCAAAUGUACCGGUAAUCGAUCUGGUUCUGCAAAGCGAAAGCGUGUAUUGGAGGAUUCAUGACACUAACUCGAUAGUGAGAGUGAGUAAAGAUGUGGUGUGCUUAGGAUUUGUGGACGGAGGAUCGAAGCCAACAACUUCUAUCGUCGUAGGAGGACAUCAGUUGGAGGAUAAUCUUCUGGAGUUUGAUAUUGCAGCAUCAGAGCUACGAUUUAGCUCUUCGCUUCUCCUUUAUAACACCAAAUGCUCCCACUUCAAAGAUGUUUAAUGUGGUAAUUGAAUCCGAGUCAAAAUAAGCUUAAUAUUGUUCUUUGAGUGCUGAGAGCAAUCAAGUGUUUGUCAUGUGUGCUUGUUUUGGAAUAAAUCAAAUGUUUUAUU